GCCGUGAUCCAAGCCAGGCCUUUAAAGACCACAGAUAUGUAUAUUAAACGAUGUAAUAUGCAUAUCAGUGUUAAAGACGCGUUCCGCAAAUUAAAAUUAUUAUGACGUAAUGACCAAAGUUCGUUUGUUAAUUCACGUGCCGUUAAAAUGAACGAGUCAGGUGAUGCAAUGAGGUUUUUUUGAAGAAUGAUCUGUCAAAAUACUUUUUCCAUCAAAUAACUGGCGGAAAAGAACAUUAAUGGAAUUUAGUUACAGGUAAACACAAAGACCUUAAUCGAACUCAUAACACAAAUACGUUCGAGUUUUUUCCAUGAAUGGAGGAAGAUGGAGCAGAAGAUUUUCAGCAAACGUUAGAUGUUCCGCUCACCUUCAAUGCAAUGAACGUUGAACUAAAUGAAGAUCCUUGGCAACCUUUACAAAGCGAAAAAAACUCACAUUUAGAUUCCUCUUUCACGGUCAUCUCAAGAAGACGAAGUGAUAUUUCAAAUAGUCACGUGUCAAACGGUGACGUUUAUGAGAGAGAAUGUGUGGAGGUUUCCGACGAUGGCAAUGAACCUAAUCAAAUACUUACCUAUAAUAGACGUUUUUACAUUCUUUUUGUGUUUUCGCUGACUGCAUUUGCACAGUACUGUGCAUGGAACGCUUUUGGACCAAUAUCUGGAACAGUCAAAGCCGUAUUUGGUUGGGGAAAUGCAGAAAUUGCUCUUCUUGCAAGUUUGGAUCCAAUUACCUAUAUUCUUACUAUGGUUUUCUUCUCGUGGCUAAUGGAUGUCAAAGGUCUUCGUGUUUCAUUGGUUCUGUCUGUCUUUCUGAUGUUAGCUGGAACAGGUUUACGUUGCGUAACCCGUAACCAUGACACUGCUAUCUGGACAAUGACUACUGGACAAUUUUUAAAUGGUCUUGCUGGCCCAGUCACACAAGCUGCUCCACCCUUAUUGUCUUCAGCAUGGUUUCCACGGAACGAGAGAACAACUGCGACUGCGAUAUCUGCAUUAUGCGGUUCUCUCGGUGUUGCAAUGUCCUUUGUUAUAGGUCCAAACGUGGUAGGAAGGGUUGAUAUUUUACACAAUGAGCCUAUGCCUUUGCGCUUUUCAUCUUCCAAUCACAGUUUCCUGUCACCAAAUCUAAACAAGACAAUUCCUCUCUCAGAAACAUUAUACAAAGAUGCAGUUAAUUACUGGUCCAUGGACGAGUUACUAAAACCGUCGAAUCAAACAUCGAUCGAAAAUAUGUAUCUCGUAAACGACGGUAAAAGCAAUCAAAAGGGCUUCGCUCACGGAUCGAUUCUCGUGCCAGGACAAGUUGGCAAAGCUGUCGCUUUAAAUGGCAAAGGUUUUGUAGAUCUCGGUGACUUCGCCAAUACAUGUCCAGGAAACCCAUAUUCGUGUAAACAAGGUUUUACAGUUUCUUUCUGGCUGUCAUAUUCAUCUACGAACGAUAUACAAUAUUUCCUGGGUACUAGCGGUACGGACGUCAGACAGCCAGGAUUUGUCAUAUAUCAUGAUGCAUUUAGGAAUGUCAGUCAUGCUGUGGCGGUCAGUGUUCGCACCGGCAAAGCAUUAUGGACGACGCACAUGAAUGUUCCCUCUCGUACAUGGACCCACGUGUUAUUCAGUUGGAGUGCACGUGACGGCUUGACUGUGUAUACAAACGGUACUUUGGCAAGUAGAACUAUUUAUUCGUCUACUACAGACUCAUUACGCAACACACAUACAUCCUUCACACUUGGACGGCCAAAUAAUGAAUAUCAAUUUUCUUGGGCGGCCUAUGACGAACUUGCAGUGUGGCAUCUAGUUUUCACCGAGAAUGAAGCCAAAACAAUUUAUGCAAGAGGUUCUGGAAUUAAUUUUGCUGAAAAAAUUAAUGAAGACGACGUAAAUAAUGACCGAAAGCGUUUUCUACAAAAACGUGAAGAUGAAAUUAUGAUGCUUCUUUAUAUCGAAUUUGGAGUGGUUGCAAUUCUAUUCAUCUGUACAUUUUGCUAUUUCCCCGAUAAACCGCCAAGUCCACCCAGUCUUUCCUCGGCCACGCAAAGAGAAAAUUUCAAAGAUGGCUUUCGUCAACUUCUACGUCACAAACAAUUUUGGACUCUUUCCAUGAUAUACGGAAUAACUACAGGGGUUUACAGCGGUUGGUCAGCGGUGUUAGCGUUAAAUCUUGAAGGCUUUGGAAUUGAUCAGAAUGAAGCCGGAUGGAUCGGAUUUUGGACGACAAUUGCCGGAAUUUUUGCAGGAGUUUUGUUAGCAAGAUUUUCGGAUUUCUUCGGAGGUCGAAUCAAAAGUCUGUUAUUGUUUCUCUUCGUUUGUUCAGCCGUGGCUUUUCUUCUUUUCUCUCUGCUAUGUCUUGAGAUAAUCCCUUUUUCUAAAGGAUUGAUCUUUUCAUCCAGUAUCAUCGGUGGUUUUAGUAUCAGUGGCACCAUACCAUUAUUCUACGAACUCACAGUUGAGUGCACCUACCCUAUAGCGGAAGGAGUCACCACCGGCAUUCUUACUCUUAUCAAUAAUCUGUGCACUGUCAUAUUUCUGGUCGUCACAAUGAUCCCAGGAAUAGGAACGAUAUGGAUGAAUUGGACGUUAUGUGCCUCAUGCGCGGGUUGUAUUCCCAUAUUGUGUUUAUUCCAAGAGCAAUACGGCAGACUGGUUGUGGAUACGGGUAUUGCAACGACGAACUUAAAUAACGACGAACCACAAGAUGAUAAUUUUAAAUCGAUAGCAAGAGUUGAUAAAUUUAUGAAUGAGUUUUACAAAUCUAAAGAAUCUAAACUAUGAACAGAGGUUAUAAAACUACAAGAAGAAUCAAACAUGAAAUAAUUAAUGACGCGCGACCUGCUUACGGAGUUAGGAUGAUUGAAACUUAGAAGUAAUUUAUUUGAACCCGAAGUAAUUUAUUUUUACACUAACAGAAUGGUUUUACAUAAAUUUAUUGCUCCAGGACAUGCACUAAAGUACUUCUAUACAAAUUAUUUAUUUAGUAUUGCAUGUCUACCAUAACAAAAAAUUCAUGGGACUUUCACCGUACGUGGAAACAAAUUCUUAUCGCCAUUUUUAUUGAGUUAAAAUACGUAGAUUGAUAUGAAGAUGAUGACAAAAUACAACUACUGUCAAAUUUACGAUCUUUGUACAAGUUAUAUUUGAAUAAAUCUUAUCACUACAGUAA